UCCUUGCCCCAGAGCUGUGGGCUGUGAACGUCCAUUCAUCCCGUUUGUGACCUCGGGAACUUGGCGUUCCAGGGGAGAAGGGGGUGGCUGGCUUGUCUCCAGGUCUCAUAUCCAAAGUAUUGGCUGCUGAAGAGAUAGACCCGGGCCAAGGCGAGCAGGCGACUCCAGGUUCUGGAACCAGCAGACAGGACAGCCCCUCUUCAGGAUGAACACUCCAGGACUGCUGGGCACCCUGGUGCUCUUCUUCCUCUUGGUGACUGUCCAGGGACCCCGUCUGAGCGACUGGUUCUUUCCCAGUAAAUGCCCCCGACUCAGAGAAAACUGCGAAUUCCGAGAAAGGGACCUGUGUACGAAGGUCAAACCAUGCCCGAGCAACCAGAAGUGCUGUGUCUUCAGCUGUGGGAAAAAAUGCAUAGACCCUCAACAAGAUAUAUGCAAACUCCCAAAAGACUCCGGCCCCUGCAUGGCUUAUUUUAUUCGGUGGUGGUACAGUAAGGAAAACAACACCUGCUACAGCUUCGUCUAUGGAGGCUGCCUGGGGAACAACAACAACUUCCAGACCCAGGCCAUCUGCCAGGACGCCUGCCAGAAACCCCAGACGUGUCCCAAAAUCAGAGUGAAAUGUGAAGUGGAAGAAAGGAGCGAAUGCACGAGGCACAGGCAUUGCCCGGACAAGAUGAAGUGCUGCUUGUUCAACUGCGGGAAGAAAUGCUUAGACCUCAGGAAAGACGUGUGCAGUAUGCCAAAGGAAACCGGCCCCUGCCUGGCCUUCAUCCCCCGCUGGUGGUAUGAUAAAGAAAGAGAAAUCUGCACCGAAUUCAUCUACGGCGGCUGCAACGGGAACAAUAACAACUUCCAGACGGAAGCCAUCUGCCUGGUCAUCUGUCAGGACCGGGAGUCAUCUCACUGGAUAGGAUAAGGAGGAGCUGCAGCAGCCCCGGGACGCGGCUCACGACCAGGGCUUUCUCCGAGUGUGUCUGACGGAUGCCCACGCAGGCUUCCACUGGCCAAAUUCCAGCCCCCAAGCCCUUGGCUACUCCAAAACGGAGCUCCAGGAUCUGCUUGCACCCCUUCCUCCAGCCCAGCCCGUGUUCCCUUCAAACACAACGCCCUUCACCCCUUCCCUGUGAAGUCUCUCCCUCCACCUCUCGGGGCUCUCACUGACUCCUCUCCAGACGCCAGUUCUCUGUAAUAAAGCGCUCCGUGAGUCUGAU